AUGGUUUCGAGACCGGCAAAGAAAGCGACCGAAGCGACCGGCAGACGUCUCUGCCAUGCCGGUUGCCAGAUCAGCUUUGGUGUGGGGGCAUUGGUUGAUCCGGACCCUGACGAGGUGCCUGGAGGUACACCGGCCGCCGGGGAUGGAGCGGGCGGACGAAUGAAAAACGGCCGUCUCACUCCGCCGAGCGCGUCUGGCACUUGGACGACACUGGCGGCAGCGGCGGCGGUCGAGGAUCUGCUGGCUUCCCCCGGAGGCUCGUGUGCCAACAAUAUGCUCCGCGGCCCUUUGCUGAUUGCCCCGCCCGGCCCAGCUCCCGUGCCGACUCGGUCCAUGUCUGUGAUGCGUGCCUUGCAGGCCACGAGCUACCUUGGCCCUACAAAAAAGCUAAAGCAUUUUGCACCCGUCACGCAGCUCGGCGUCAUUCCCAAGACGAACAGGGAUGCUGGUCCUAUCGAUCCCUCUGCCAUCUCAACCGACGCCUUGUCUGAACAAGCCCUUCUACUAUCAUUAGUGCCCGCAACCCUUGGGAAAGAACUAGCAAAAGCUGGUCUCGGAAAAAAAGAGGGCAAAAAAGGCAAAAAGAAAUCCACAAUUGUCGACACCCGUCGGAUUUGA